ACGGACAGAGUAGUACGCAGGUUUCGGGCGUCGGAAGCAAACGUCACUUCGCGCUUGACUCGCAGACUCGCGGCCGCUAAAAUGUCGCGCGCCGUGCUCUUAAUUAGUGUUUGUACGAUAUUUUUGGACGUUCUCCAUGCUGCACAGGUGUCAGCUGGAGGGGCGGAGCCCCAGGUGGCGGUGCUCUGCGAGGCCGGAGCGACCUACCACCCGCAGUACAUGUCCACGGCCGGCCGGUGGACCCCCGACCUCACCACCAAGCCACACAACUGCUUGAAGGAUAAGAUGGAGAUCUUGGACUACUGCAAGAAGGUGUACCCCAGCCACGACAUUACCAACAUCGUGGAGGCGUCCCACUACGUGAAGGUCAGCAACUGGUGCAAGCUCGGCACCGGCAACGCGGCUAAGUGCAAGGUCACCAGAUGGGUCAAGCCGUUCCGCUGUCUUGAAGGUCCAUUCCAAUCGGACGCGCUGCUGGUCCCGGAGAGCUGUCUGUUCGACCACAUCCACAACCAGAGCCGCUGCUGGCAGUUCAACCGCUGGAACGCGACCGCCGGCCGCGCCUGCGCACAACGAGGUCUCCGUCUGAGGACAUUCGCGAUGCUGCUGCCGUGCGGGAUCAGCCUCUUCUCCGGAGUCGAGUUCGUCUGCUGCCCGAAACACUUCAAGGAAAACGUAAAGAUGCACAAGCCAAUGGACGUCGGAGUUCCCGUGAGCCCUGGAGGCGAGGAGAUGCUGGCCGCUUCAGCUGCCAUGGAUGAACGUGAUGAUGACUUGUUGGAUGAUGAUGACGCACUGGAUGAUGACGAUGAUGACGAUGCGCUGAACCUCAGCGAUGACGACGAUGAUGACGAUGCUGAUGACGACAUGGACGAGGACGAAGACGCGGACUUAUCCCGCGACGACGACGGCGACGACGACGACUACACGGACGGCGACGACAACGCCUGGCCGCGGCCCGAGUCCACCGCCCAGCCUCCUACCACCGCUGCUACUACUACAACCACUACCACUACUACUCAGGCGUCCACGGCCACCUCCGACCCGUACUUCUCGCACUUCGACCCGCGCACGGAGCACCAGAGCUACAAGGACGCGCAGCAGAGACUCGAGGAGACGCACCGGGAGAAGAUCACGAAGGUGAUGAAGGAGUGGUCGGAGCUAGAGGACCGCUACCAGCAGAUGAUGAGCAGCGACCCGGCGGCGGCGCAGGCCUUCCGCCAGCGCAUGACCGCCAAGUUCCAGGCCAAUGUACAGACCCUGGAAGAAGAAGGCGUAUCCGAGCGUCGUCGCCUGGCCGCCCUGCACCAGCAGCGAGUCCUGGCUCACCUCGCCCAGCGCCGCCGCACCGCCCUCGCCUGCUACACCCGCUCACUGAGGGACACCCCGCCCAGUGCCCACCGAGUCCAGAAGUGCCUGCAGCGUCUGGUCCGGGCCCUGGCGGCUGAGCGAGCUGGUGCCCUGGCCGCGUGGAGACGGGCUGCGUCAGCUGGACGCGAGGCCGCUGCUGCGGAGAGGGCUAGGGCUUCUGAUAGGCUACAGGAUGCCGACCGAACCCUGCAGCGCGCUCUGACCGCGCUCCGCCGCCGCCCGCACCUCUACGCCAACAUCGGAACCGCCAUUGAAGACUACGUUCAGUCUAUGCAGUCCAAGGACGACAUGGCGGUCUCCCUCAUGUCGAUGACCCCUGAGGCCGAGGAGUUACUUCUGGACCGCAUCGAGGCGGAGGUUCAGCGGGAACAGGCGGCGCGGGAGCAGCUGAAUGUGAAGAGAGACCAGAGGACCCGGCAGCGGCAGGACAUUGAGGAGGAGAGGGCUAGGAAUUCGAUGGGAGUCAAAGAGAGCCCAGAGCCUGAUGAUGAGACCAAUGCCGUGAAGGAAAGUUCCGAAGCUAACGAUGAGGCGUCGAUGGGUGUGAAAGAGAGCGUGGAGCCCGACGAAGAGGCUCGCGAGGCGACGGAGGCCCCCUCCCCCGCCCCGCACUCCGCGGCCCCCGCUUCGGCCUCCCCCUCCACUGUGCCACCCGCGCCUGACAGCACCACUACUGAGAUGAUGACGAGCACAGUGACGGACACAGCCGAGCCCGAGACAGAAGCGCCUACGGAGGGCGAGCCCGAGCCCGUGGGCGCUGGUCUGUCGGGCACCGGUCUGUCGGGCGCUGGACUGCAGGGCGCUGGGCUCCAAGCCGCCCUGGAGCAGGCUGAGGAGAGGGCGCCACCGCCGCCCGCGCACGCUAUGAAGCAUGACUUGCAGCACCCGCAGCCGAGCUUCACAAUCCGCGGCGCGCCUUCCUCCCAGUCGAACACUGGCGCCCUGUACCCCGCCCUGUGCGUGGGCGGCGCCGCGCUGGCGGCCGCGCUCGCCGUCGCCCUAGCCGUGGCUAGGCGCCGCACGCGCGCGCCCCGUGCUCAGGGAUUUGUGCAGGUGGAACAAUCGCAGGCGGUAGCCCCUACUCCGGAAGAGCGACACGUGGCCAACAUGCAGAUCAAUGGCUACGAGAACCCCACCUACAAAUACUUCGAGGUCAAGGAGUAGACCUCCCACCAUCGCUGCCACCCAGCCCUUUACACCCUCCAACAUAAAAACGUAGAUUCUUUUUCUACAUCUUAAUUUUCCUUCUAUCAAUAUGGUGUUAUGAGUGUUAGAUGCCCUGUAGUGCCGGGUGAUUCCCGUUUAGCUACCCCACCCUUAAUGUGUCCUUCGAUAAUUCUUUAUGGAAUGAAUGUGUGUGUCAUAUUUAAUCGUUUCUCUGAAUUUACGUUGCGCGUGUGGAGGCCUGGGUGGAACCGCUCACAGUUGAUAUAUCUUCUUAAGUUUUUAAGCAAUUUUCGAAAUGAAAUUUUUGACAUCCCUAGCAGCUAAGGAAUGCUGUUUCGGGAUAUAUCAACUGUGGCAUAUUUAUCUCGAUUAUAUUAAUAUAUGUUUAAUUAGAAUGUAAUUCCUUUCAAUAAAGAAUAAUGCUUGUGUGAUUAGUAGGGAUAAUUAUUUGCGAUACUAAAAUCGCAGUCAGUCAUAAUAAUUGUCUUUGUAAUAACGGUUAUAUUAUAUUUUUAAUUUUGUUACUUUUUGCACCAAAACUUUAUUAUUAUUUCGUAAGGUUAGAUUUAAGUUAUUUGUGUAGUAUCCUAAAAUACUCGGUAAGUGUCACCUGGUAGUAGAGUCGUUAAAAUAGUUUUUUUAAUCCUCUCCCGAAGCCAGACUGUGCGAUGAAAGUCAUUUCUUCUAACAACAUUUGUGUUUUGACGAUUCCUUUUGACACAAGGACAUCAAGUAUGAUCUCAUUCUAGCAUUUAUUUCCUUAUAAUCAUAACUUAUUUAGUUUGUAAACACUUCGUGGUACAUUCUCGCGUCGGAAAAUGGAAAAAACGUCCAUGGUACGCUGUGUAUAUAGGCUCCGCGUACAAAUUUGAACCCUAAAUUACAUACUCCUGAAGCCCGCUUUUCUUUAAUUUUCUAACUUAGGUAGAUCAUAACGUGAAUUUUAUGUAAUAAAAUGCGGAAAUAUAUUUUAAUAAUUAAUGUGUAUUUAGUGAAUAUCAAGGGGUGGCUAAGCCAGCGCAGGUGAACGGCUUUGUUUCCUCUUCUAGCCAACUCUGAACUAGCAAACUCUAUACGUCUCACUCUAUCGUCGCUGAAACUCCUUCUGCUAUCUCUCUCUAACCGUUCACCUGCGGGACAAUACUCUUUAUCCCGAUUCGAGUCAUGACUGUGUACUCAAGGUGGGCAGAGAAAAAUCCCAAAUUUAUAUUGACAUGAUUCGUUUUGAACACAACACUGGGUACCUUAAACCGCCAGCUUUAAUUUUUCUAGUCAUUUAUACACCCACUUGUACAAGGGCAUUACAUUGUGAACAGUGCAAGAGUGCGGUUGUGUCGCAACACCUUGAGUUAGCAGCGGGCGGAGCUAAGCUUAGUGAGUGUAUGUACGGUAUAAUAUAAGUAGAUGUACAAAAAGUAAUACAUUAUAUAGAUGUUCUAGCGUCAGAUACAUAGAUAUAAAGCAAAAUAUAAUUAUAUAUAUAUAUCGCAUUCGUCCGUUUAAAGUAAGGGCUUGCGCUCAUGUCUAUCCCUCAUACGUACCACACUAAUUAUUAUACGCCGUAGUUAAGAUGUAAUUCUGCCUCAGUAUUAUAUACAUUUAAGCUUAUUUGUUAUAAUAAGCUAAUUUAUAUACACUUUUUCUAUUUGUUUACGGGCGUAGAGGCGUAAAUAAGUAAGGAAGUCAUAUCAGACGCGUCACGGCGUAUGGCUAGUUUUGCUAGUUUUAAAACCGCGCGGUUGAGCCGCUAGUCUGGCGAGCCGCGAUCUCUUGUCAAACUUUCUGACAGAUGUCAAACAUGUUCGAUGAUUUGUCCACUUUGGUAGCAAAACUGGCGAUUACGCGGCCCGUGGCUUGAGUUACGCGAUCUAUGUAAGUUACUCGACUCACUGUAUAUCGUAAGUUAAUCCUGCAACAAGUACAUAACCAUGCUGUGUAUUUUUAACAGAAACUAAUCAUCAAACAAGCCGACCAUUAUUUUUUUAAAACGUAAAACUUUUUGCUCAAAAGUCCAAACACGUCGGAAUCUAAACAUGUAUUUUUCCAUUAUUCCAAUUUCAAGUAUUUCAACGUUUGUUCGUCAAUAUCGAUGUUGUGUACUAGAAUGAACUGGUAUUUUAUGGUAAUUUUCAUGACACCUUACUUAACUGUUUCACUUUCAAUCAAGUAAUUUCAUAAAUAAAUGAUAAAUGGUUUGAAAAGUUUUAUGUUUUCUGUGCUGCAUUUUAUUGUGAGUUCAAAGUUCAAAUUGAAUCAAUAAAUAGAAUUUAAAUA